AUGAAAAAGAAUAUUCUGCUGGUAUCUGCGUUGAUCGCAGUAUAUGGCAGCGUUGCAUUGAGCACACUGGGUGCGAAGGGCAGCUCCGGCGGUGCCAGAUACAAAGUGGCGUAUAUUGCCCGUGCGCAGGCAGACUCUUUUGCCGCCUGGCUGGCCAAUUCAAUCCAGCAGGAGGCUGCUGAAUACCCCGAUAUUGAUGUGAAAGUUUUUGAUGGCCAGGCCUCUGAUAUCAUAGAGAAUUCUCUUAUCGAAAAUGCCAUUGUGAACGGUUUUGACGCGAUCAUCAUCCAGCCGAACAACGGGGAAUCACAGCGGCCCUACGCGGAAAAGGUAGUGCAGGCAGGGAUUAUCUGUAUCACGACCAACGCCAGAAUUGCGGGUAUUUCGGGUGCGUCCUCUGUGGAUGCGGACCCGUACGAACAGGCUGCGGUACAGGCUCGCGCCGCGCUGCAGCAGAUCCCCGAGGGGGCAUCAGUGGUUGUGCUGAAUGGCCCUCCAGGGAAUUUUCACGCCGAUGAACGCCGGAGGAGCUGGCAGAAAGAGUUUUUUGAUCAACGUGCUGAUGUGCGGAUCGUCGGUGAACAGAUUGCCAACUGGAAUAAAGAAGAAGCGAUGAAUCUGAUGGAGGACUGGGUACAGGCCAAUCCGAAGAUUGACGCGAUUAUUUCGAUGAAUGACAACAUGGCAGCAGGAGCUCUGGAAGUAGUCAAAAACGCUCCGGAAUUUGAGAAUAUUCUUGCGUACGGUGUGGAUGGUACGGCUGAGGCCGUCCUGUUGAUUAAAGAAGGGCGGAUGACCUCCACUACCAUGCAGAAUGCCUACGAACUGGCCGAAAAACUGCUGGAGGUUACGGAUGCUCUUCUGACAGGAAAAAAACAGCAGAUAGAUCUUGAUAUCGGAACCCCUUCCGUUACCAGAGAUAAUGUGGACCUGUACAUUGAAAUGCAUCGCCAGGCAGGCAAUUUACAGGUGCUGGCCCGCUGA